AUGGAGAAACAUCAUGAAGCAGCAGUACCAUUUACAGAUGUUUCAGGUAACAUCACAAGAGAUUAUUCACCACCCCCUCUUUAUACGCCUUUUGGUGGACUUGAUAGUGAAAAUAAUAAUCAACGACCAAUUAUUACAAAUAAUAGAAAUAGACAAACUCGCCACCCACAACCACCCAAUACAUCAAUAUUAAGAAGAAUCAAAAAAAGAUUUGAUAAAAUAUCAAAUAAGAUAAAAAUAUUAACAAUUCUUGGAAUAAUAUUAUUUUUUAUUCUCUUAUUCUUAAUUAUUGAUAUCUCAUCUUCAGAGUUACAGGUUGAGGAACAUAAAGAAAAACAUCCAAUUGAAUAUACAAUUGCAGAAAUAUUAAAUAAAGAUAAUUUAAAACAUGAAAAAUUAACAUAUGAUACAAUUAAAAAACAAUUAUUUUUAUCAUCUUAUGAUAAUAUAACAGGAACAUUAUUUAUCAAAAAUUAUACUAUAUUACGAGAAACUGAUGAUCAAUUAGAUACAGAAGAAGAUGAUUAUUUUAGAUCAAAAGUUAUUGAUAAAAAAGAAAAAUAUAAAGAUUGUAUGCAAUAUGAUGAGUCAUUUUAUUGUUGUCAGGGUGACUUUAAAACAUAUUGUUUUUUUGAUAAUGGUAAAAAAAUUAUUAAUUCUAAUGUACCAUCAGCAGAGUUACCAAUUCAAUGGCAAAGAGUUGAUGAUUAUGGAAGAUUUGUUACUAUUCAUAAUAAAAGAGAAAGAUUUCUUUUAGAUGUUAAAAAUGGUAAGAUUUAUAAUAUUGAUGAAUGUUGUAAGGAGGAUGACACAAUCAAAUCAUAUGGAUUUUUUUUUCCAAAUCAUGAUAGAAUGACAGUUGAUGAAUUAAUUAAAGAAGAUAAUGAUCUUAAAUUAUGUACUUAUACAUAUUCUACUGGAAAAAUAAGUUAUAAAAAAAAUAGAAAUUGUCAAAAUACAUUAAUUCCUUUUGAAGAUGAAUAUCCAAAUAUUAGAUUUUGUUCAAAUCCUCGUUAUGUAGCUAUUGCUGGUCAUGAACAUUUAGAUGGUCAAUUAAAAUGGAAAUUAAGUUUCAAAUUUUGGCAAGAUGAUAAAAUAUAUACAAUGAGACAUAUUGAUAAUUCAAUUGAUCAACGAAUGGUUUUGGCUUGUGAUCCUAAAGAUAUUAAUAUUUAUGUGUCUGUUGAUAGUAAAAUUAUAAAAUAUGAUAUAAAAUUGCCUGAUUUUGAAGAUUAA